AUGGAGAAGGAACAAUCGUCGGAACCACCGUCGCUGAUUACGUCACUUCCCGAAGACCUCAUCAUUGACAUCAUAGCGCGUGUAGGGAGAUGCGACUAUCCAACACUCUCCCUUGUUUCUAAGCAUUUCCGGUCACUUGUUUCGUCGUCUCAGCUAUACGUGAGACGAUCCUUGUUGGGCUGCACCGAACAUUGUCUUUAUGUUCUCCUCCGUAACACCGAGAUCUGGGAUAAACGUUGGUAUAUUCUCCGCCGCAAACCCAACGGUGAUUGCCGCUUGGUCCUUAUCCCUUCGCUUCCCACUAUGCCUAGAUGUGGAAGCUUUGUGGCCGUGGGCUCGAAGAUAUAUGUAUUUGGUGGGAUUAACCUUCACAAUUUGGCAAGGCGUGAAUUAAGUAUCGACUGUAGAUCUCACACGGUGCAAACCCUCCCGAGCAUUCCUAUACACAUGGAUAACAUUGUCGCUGACGUCAUCGACGGGAAAAUAUAUGUAACUGGAUAUUCCUAUAUCGACAGGAGGGAGGUCAUGAUGGUGUUCAAUACAGAAUCGCUAAUGUGGGAGACCGAGGUGAGAAAGCCAGAGAUUGAGCUAGGUAACAGACAGCCUAGUUAUGUGGUGGUGAUGGGUGAUAAGAUGUACAUGAGUUAUACUCAGAAUGGCUUUGUUUAUGAUCCAAAAGAGAGUACGUGGGAAAAAGACGAGAUGCUGUAUUCAAAGAGGUGGGAGGGAGCGUGCGUGGUUGAUGAUGUAUUGUACUACUACGAUAGUUAUAAGAAGGAGUUGAGAACGUAUGAUCCAAAGAAGAGGUGUUGGGGAGUGGUGAAUGGUUUGGAUGAGUUGUUUCGUGGGAGGAGAUGGUCAAUGAUGAGGAGGUCUUGUUACGGUGGGAAACUGGCCUUGUUUUUACCUAAACUAGAACAGAUUUGGUGUGCGGAGAUUUCGCUGGAGAGAAGGCAAGGAGGGGAGAUUUGGGGUAAAGUUGAGUGGUGUGGUGAGGUUUUGAGUUCUCGGGAUUUAAGCUUAAGUAAAGCUCUAGCUGUUAUGCUUUGA